ACCCUGUAUUGUACUAUAUAAGAAAGCAAACCGGCUUGCUCAUCCCCGUCGUCUUCUUGGAGUUAUAGUCCUGCCGGCCUGAGAGGAUCAGCAAGCUAGCCAGGGGCCAGCAGGAAGAAACAGCGCAUAAAUCCAUCCCCUCCUCUUGCAUGCCAGCUACCAUUCGAUAACAAACCUCAGAGCGACAGAGCCCCGGGAUCUCAUCUCUCUCUUUGCACUGGGAGCGCCAUGGCUAAGCAGAAGAACGCGCACGUCCCGAAGUUCGGCAACUGGGACAACGACGGCAACGUGCCGUACACGCUCUACUUCGACAACGCGCGCAAGGGCAAGGGCGCCGGCGGCAAGAUGAUCAACCCCAACGACCCCGCCGAGAACCCGGAGGCCUUCUCCAGUGCCGCGCCGUCGCCGAACCGCUCCGAGGGGAGGUCAGCAGCUCCUCCUCCGCGCCACGAGCGCCGGCCCAGCGACGCGCCGCCGCUGUCCCCCAACCCGUACGCUGGGUCGCCGUACCACCGCCACGGCGGCGGCGAGACGCCGAGAAGAGGUGGUGGUGGUGGUGGACGGACAGGCGGCGGCUACAGCGUGGAGCAAUCGCCGGUGCACCCGUACAGCCACUCGAGCAAGGCCGACUACUCCGAGAGCGGCGGCUACGGCCUCGUCGCCAACUCCGUCGAGCGGUCCCGCGCCAAGGGCGGCUCGCGCGGCAAUGAGACGCCAACGAGGGGAUCGGCGGUGCCGAAGUUCGGCGACUGGGACUCGAACCCGGCGUCGGCGGACGGCUACACGCACAUAUUCAACAAGGUAAGGGAGGAGAAGCAGAGCCAGGCGGGGAAGCCGGAGGCGUUCGGCAAGGACGCCGCGCGUGGCAACGGCGCCAAGCAGCACGACGACGGCUAUGUCUCCUCGAAGUUCUCCUGCUUUGGAUGGUGCAAAUAGAGAUGAAUUGAUGAUGGAUACAAAUCUAGUACCACAUUUGAGGUUGUAAAUUUGGAGAACAGAGGGGUUUGCGAUUCAGCUUGGACUGCGUCCCUAUUUCUGGGACAUUAUUUUGCCAUUGGGCACUCAACAAUCUUUUUUGUGAUAGCAUCUCCUCUUGAAGUGAUAUAUAGAUUAUAGAAUUCAUGAUUGAUGAACUCA